CCUGAAUUAUUGUCAAACCCCUUUCAAUCUCUCUUCAAUCUCCAUAUCCUAGAUUCAAAUAGAGUGAUUAAAGUUCUUAUCAUCAAGUUUCAGCUGAAUAUACAUACAUAGAAUCAGAAGAAGGAAAAUAUAUUUGUACUGUGAAAUGAUGGUUGAGAAGGAAGAUUUGGGUUUGAGUCUCAGCUUGAACUUCCCGGCAACCAUGGAGGGGAAUCCGUCGUCACUUCAGUUGAAUCUGAUGCCUUCGUUUGUUUCUUCGUCUUCGUCGUUCAAUCAUCUUCACAGAACGCCUAAUUGGUCCGAUUCGUGUCCGUCUUCAUCAGAUCGGAACAUCGCUGAUGCAUUUAAAGUGGAGACGAGGUCGUUCCUGAAGGGGAUCGAUGUGAACAGGAUACCGCCGACGGCGGCUGAGGUGGAGGAGGAGGCCGGUGUCUCCUCCCCAAAUAGCACCAUCUCGAGCAUCAGCGGGAAGAGAAGCGAGAGAGAUCUUCCUGUCAAUGAACAGGACGGCGAGAGAGCUUCUUCUCGAGGCAUGAGCGACGAUGAAGACGGCGAUAACUCCCGGAAGAAGCUCCGGCUAUCAAAAGACCAAUCGGCGAUACUCGAAGAGAGCUUCAAGGAACACAACACUCUCAACCCUAAGCAAAAGCUUGCUCUGGCGAAAAGACUCGGGUUGAGACCUCGUCAGGUGGAAGUUUGGUUUCAGAACCGAAGGGCAAGGACUAAAUUGAAGCAAACGGAGGUCGAUUGUGAGUUUUUGAAAAGAUGUUGUGAAAAUUUAACAGAAGAAAACAGAAGAUUACAAAAGGAAUUACAAGAAUUACGAGCGUUAAAACUUUCCCCACAAUUCUACAUGCAAAUGGCGCCUCCGACCACCCUAACCAUGUGUCCGUCGUGUGAGCGGGUGGCGGCACCACCAUCUUCCGCCGUGGAAAAACCGGCUGACCACCAACACAACCGAAACCAUCUCACUGGUUUGAACCAAAACCACCACCGGUCAUUACCGUUCAACCCCUGGUCAACGCCGGCCACCCAGGUCGUUCAUCGUCAAAUGAGUGCCCUUCAUCCUCGAUCAUGACGAGGGUAAUCUGGUCAUUUUGGGUUUUGAAUGUAUUUGGGUUUUAUCUUACUUCUAGAGGGGUAGUUUUGUAAUUUUGAUAUUUAGUUUUCUAGUAUUUAAAUAUCUUCUUCCCAAAUUUUCAAGAGGUGAAAAAGACAAAAAGACUCAUUGUUUGAUUGGAUGGAAGAGACAUGUUAUUAGGGUUGUAAAUUCCCCUCACUAAUUAAUUAAUUUAUUUUAUAUUAA